UCUAUCGGUCUUCUGUGCUAACAAGAAAAGGAACUGGCCAUGAGCACGUGUGUUGCUCAAAUCCUGAUCUCAAAAACUAAUAACUGCUGACUGCUUACCCGCGGUUGCUAUUCCCCCGGUGACCGGGCGAUGCACGGCUGCCACGGGCGCCGGGCGGAUGUAUAUCAAGUAUCAAGAUGGCUUCCGAAGAAACAAGUGAAAGUGACCUGGAGCACUUUCCAAAGGACUGGCAUAUCAUUCAUGAGAUUUACAGCGAAGACGACGUUGAUCUACAGGAGUCUUUCGAAGUCGAACUCGAACGUGCAUUGGAAGCAAAAUGCAAUAUCAUUGUGAUCGAACCCCCAAAGCUUGGAGAUGAGACGGCAAAAUGGAUUAAGGUGGGCAACUGUCUACACAAAACUGGUGUCUUGGCUGGGCUGGGAAGCCUUGUGUCGGCAGGCAUCUGGCAAGAUCAGUGCUUUCUGUCGUGUCCGCUGGCUGUCAUCAGCAUGGCAUGUACUGGGAUUUACACGGUCUCCUGGCAGUUCGACCCCUGCUGCAAGUAUCAAGUUGAACACGACCCGAAGAGAUUGUCCUGCCUUCCGCUUCAUACGCUGUCCUCCUCGUCGCCUGUGGUUCUCGUGAGGAGAGACGACACGCGACGAAAGUUACUGCACUCGUCCGUCUCUGCACUGGCCGGUCUCGUGUGCACUUGGAGGCUGGGGCAUUGCUCUUGGCCAUUUCUUCAAUCGGCUAGCUCACCACAAUAACCCCCCCCCUCCUCCACGCCACAGACGAUUGCAUUAGAUAAAAAACGGUUGCGAUACAAAUCUUGCUAGUUUCAUGGGUGGCAGACAUGAAGUGUUUCGAUCGGUAUUCAGAAAUUAAACUGUUGUAUUUUUCAUUGCUUAUGUGUAAUUAGAAUAGUCACUAUACAAGAAUGCAGCGUAAUAGGGUGUUACUGAAGUAUAUUUAGGAUGUAAAAUUUCUAACACCAGUGUAAGCGUACAAGUCGUACUGUGUAGGUACUGAUUUUCAUGUAAAUGUGCCAUUCCAAUACAGAUGUACAGUAAUUGUAGUCACGCCAAGCAAGUGGACUGCUCGUGUUAAGUGGCUUAUUCAAGCUAGAUCUUUAUUACAGUGUAAAAACAUGUUUGCAACAAAUUGUGUGAUAAAAGUAGAUGUAGCAUAAUGUAAUUAUUUACAUACAAUAUUGUAAUGGUCGAGUGGAUAUGAAAUAAGUUGCAGAACGAUGAAUAAAUCUGGUUUGAAACAAGAA